AUGCGGUUCUAUAGUUGUGCCCUCAUCACGUGGUCGGGUUUGAGCGAACUUGCCCUCAGAUGUUCUUUCUUCCUCAACUUUCACCACACCACCACGAUGGAUGUCCCUGAUACAGGUUCGAAUAUAGCUGCAUCUGUGGCCUGUCUUAAUUGUCGAGACAAACACCUCAAAUGCGAUGGCAACCCAGAGGGCUGUCGUCGAUGUCGCACUUUAUCACUCUUUUGCCACUUCGUUCCAUCUCGUCGCGGGCGCCGAGGACAGCCCAGUGAAUAUUCCCUCGAGAUGUGCUGUGCCCCGAUUAUGGAUGAUGCUGCUCUUUCGGUAGAAGAUUCACUCCCUCUUGUGGCUUCCAACGACCUUUCUCCACCCUUGCUGCCAGAGCCCAAAGAAUUCCCACAUAUGAGGAUUCACCUGGUCAAGGUCUUUUACGAAUAUUUCCACGCUGCACACCCUGUGCUGCCUCCAUUAAAUACCUGGGCUAUGUUAUCACCUCCCCAGUAUCUGGUGAAUGUCAUCGAAUUCAUUGGUUCGCACUACCUUUCACCGGGCCAAGUUCCCGAAUUCACGACUGAGCUGUGGACGGCUAUCGACACCGCAGAACUUGGCUUAGAAAAGGCACAAGCCUACCUUCUUCUAAGCAUUGCUCUGCAUGGUCGCCAAGCACCUGAGGGUGCAAAGCAAUGCAUCGGUCUUGCUAUUCAAUGUAGCUUGAUGCUAGGACUCCACUGUCGGGAGCUUUCCGAUACUGUGGGGGUACAGAACCCAGUCCGUGCGGAGAGCAUGAGGCGAACCUUAUGGGAGAUCUAUGUCGUGGACACUGUCCUGGCUGCGGUGCAAAUUGGGGGCACUUUACAAUUCAACAUGGAGACACCCGAUGUCUCUCUUCCCUCUGAGGAUACGAUCUUCGAAGAAGGUCACCCCGGCGGCUCUUCAAUUUCUGCCCAAAACCUUAGCCAACGCGCCUUUUCCGACGAAACUAACAUGUCAUCUCUUGCUUAUCGUGUGGAGGCGACGAUUAUUCUCCGGCAGUGCGUAAACGCCUGUGAAACAUUCGCCAGUGAAGAAACCAUCGACAUGCUUGAUUCUAUGAUCUCGGCCUGGUUUCAUAGGUGGCCUAGCGAUAAAAGCACCAUCCUCCAGUUUAACGGAAAAGUGCACCAGAUCGACUUCCAAUCUGCGAUGUUGAUGCAAUGCGCCGCCAUAUACCUCCAUUUCCCCAAGUCUUUCUUGAUGUCAUAUCUCCCGGAUACUCGCGGGAUUUUCUGUUCAAGGCCUCCGCCAAUGGGUUCCCAUACUACCAAUCCACAACUACACACGGCCAAGGUUAUAAAUGCUGCAAUCGAGCUUUCUAAACUUGCCUCCCUUUCUACAAGUGUGACCAGCCACUCGCCAUUCUUUGCAUGUACACUGGUUCUGAGCUCAAUUGUGCAGGUUACUGUUCGAUCAGCGCGCAUCGAACAACCCAUCGGCAUGCAUUGCUCGUACCUAGCACUGAACAUUGGAGUUCUCAACUCUAUGGCUAGAGUAUGGGGUAUCGCUGCCUCUUCCCAGGAAAAAAUACGGACUGUCGUCCGCGAGGUUGAAACGGCCUCCACGGAAGCAAACCAAGGCCUAGUCGGGAAUCUGUCAACGCCAUCGGUACUGCCAAUAUGA